UGAAGGCACAGGCCAUGGGGUGUUUCAGGAUGGGGGAGAGAGAUACUUUGUGGAGAUGUCCCACAGUAUGUGGGGUAACAAAUUGGGGGGUUUCCUGGAGCAAUGGGAAAGGGACAGAUUGCAAGGAGAGGGAUGUCCCAGGACUUUGUAUGGGGGAACAGUUUGGGGGUGGGUGUCUCUGGACUUCGUAUGUUUAUGUGUGUUUGUACGUGUGUGUAUCAUCGCUCGAGAUAUCCUGGAACUGUGGGGAUCCCUUAGUUUUUUUCCUAGUGGAGAAUGGAUUAUUAGGCCUUUGGCAUCCAGGGGCAAAGUGCUGACCACAUUAAUGUUGCAGAUGUCCUGGCCCCAAUUCUGCAGGCCCGUUCCGUCUGCACUCCAGCCCCUGAACUGUGGUGGUGUCAAGCCGGAUGCGAUUGCCUCGCUCAUGUGCCUCCUCCCAUCUUCAUUUUUGAUCGUGUCUGUACAGCCUUAGAAAUAAGGAAUCUUGGACAGCUGCCCUUAUGUUCCUACAGAUGUGUCUGUUUUUAAGCAAAUCCAGUCAACAAACUUUGGGUUUAUUCAAAAGCUUAAAUUAGGGAUUUUUUUAAACCUCAAUUUCCCAAAUGAUUUACUAUGGAAUUUUUUGAGAACAAAUUGCCCAGUAUGUUUAAAACUAGUCAGUUUAUGGAAAAUCAGCUUAAUUCAACAAACGUUGAGUUAAAUUGUCUACUAUGCGCAAAGCACUGUGUUGUGGGAAAUAGCAGAGAAGAGCAAGACAAGGCCCUUACGCUCAAGGAAUCUUGUCUAGCUGGGAAGAUGAGACAUAUACCUGUGAAAUAGGCAAUGGUUUUAGGGGAGAACUGUUGGCCGAGGACUAGACUUUCAAUAUUGUUCUACACUAUCUGACAUGAUGGGACCAGGCAGACCAGCUUCAACCUGUGUUCAUCUAGCAUCUAGUGGCCAGCUAGAUGAGAGGAGUGACCCCAGGAAACUUCAGACCCAGAACCAGCUGCAGUUUAAUAGGAAUGUUCCUACACAUUCAAGCAACUUGGCAAUCCGAUAUUCUUGCCCACAUGCAAUUAGAAUUGAAAAACUGAACCAGGCGUACAAUGAGUCAUACCAUUGUAAAGAUUUGGAUUUUAGAGACGGUCCUGACCUAAGCAAUUCUGUUUCAUUUUCUGUCAUAUCAGAAGAGAGACUUAGCUAUGCUGUCCACCUAGCCAAAAGAGAUGUGAAACGAAGACAGUUUGAAGAACAUGUAAAAGAACAUCAUCUCAGAAGUCAGCCUCAAAUCUCUCAGAAAUGUGGACACAUUAAGCAUAAGAUAUCUGACCAUAGGGUGGAAAGGAAGGAAUCAAAGAGUCAAGAAGUCUGUCGUUGCAGCCACCAGCCAUCCAAAGUAGAAAUUUCCAACUCAGGUGCCAAGGUAUACCUGUACACAUCUCAUCCAGGACAGUCAGAUCUGACCACGCCAAAUUCACCACCCACCCGUGAUCUAGGACUUCAGCCGCAUGCCGGGAUAAGUGACCACAAAAGCCUGUGUGAACACAAAAGCCUGCUAGAAGUUCAGCGACUCCGGAAAGAACUGAGCAGUUGUAUCCAUAAAAUUGAAAAAGUUACUAAAAAAGAUCGAGUGGAAGAAACUUUAGAUCCAGAUGAAGAACGACGAAUCCGUGUCAGGAGGCAGGAACAAGCGGUUCGUUCUGCCCGAACGCUCUACGUCCUCCAGCGGCAGGUUAAAGAAAUCCAGGAAGAAUUGGAUAAAUUGAGUCCACAUAAAAUUAAACACACUAAGAAGUCAUGGGCAAUGUCCAGGCUGGCAGCUGCCCAUCGAGGAGCCAUUCGGGCCUUACAGAUGUUUGUUACUCAGUUUACUGACCGAGGGGAGCACCCAGUUCCUGCCCGGUGUAGGGAACUGGGCAGUCUUAUUCGCCAGCUUUCCCUCUGUUCUGCCAAGCUGGAUACCGAUUCUUCUGUCCCUGAUGUGGUUAUAGAUAUCCUACGACAAAUUGAGGCUUUGGAAUCCCUCCUGGAAAAGAAACUGUCACCAAAAAAGGUGAAGAAAUGUUUCACUGACAUUCGGAGCAGAUUUCCUGUUGGUAGCCAAAGGGCCUUGGAGAGAUGGCAAAGUACGUCACCAAAGAGCGAGAGGAGACCCUUCGUUGCAAAGGAGAUAAUUCCACAGGAAACAAAACAAGCUUCAAUGGCAAAGAAGCUUCUUGCUGAUAAGUAUCAACGUGAUAGAGAGCUUCCAGUGACCCAGAGGUUGGAGAAUGAGCUUGAUGUGUUAGAUGCGGAUAUACUUCCAGAAGACGCUCCAUCUAUUCUAGACCAAAACGCAAGCUUCAAAGAAGAGGCAUUAGCCCCGGCAAAAACAAGAGCAGUCAAAAAGAAGCCUGUGACUGAGGAUGUGCCUGCUAGGAAGAACGAUACUCUGGUGCCGACAAGACUACAGCAAGGGCUCCACAAAACUGAAAAAAAUAGACCAACCCAAUCUCACAGCAAAAGCAGGUUGCAACGGACAACAGUCUCAUCGAGAUUAAAAAUGAACCAACAGCCUGUGAAAGACCACAGGGCUCCUUGGAUACCUCCGAACCCCACCUCCCCACCAGCAUCUCCCAAAUGCGCUGCAUGGCGAAAGGUGAAAUCGAGCCCCAAAGGUGCUGCAAAAGAACAGUCUCUCCAGCAAGAAGAUACUCAAGAGGAAGGUCAAUUGAGAGGUGCUGUUGAGCAUGAAGCAGCUAGACUCGCUUGGCUUGAUGCUGAAACUUCCAACAGAUUGAAGGAACUAGAAGAAUUAAAAGCCAAAGAAAUGGACAAAAUGCAAAAACAGAGGCUCGAUUGGCUUGAUGCUGAAACUUCCAGAAGAACAAAGGAAUUGAAUGAACUCAAAACUGAAGAAAUGGAUAGACUUCAAAAAUUGAGUGUUUCUGCCACCCAGUUAGCAGACAAGGUAGAGAAGGCAGUUCUGGAGCGUUUGAAGCCUCUCCUGGUCAAGGCCCAGAGAGUCAAUUCUUCUCUGGAAGCAGAUAGUCAUUUGAAGGAUCGGCCAUCAGUAAACACAGCGAUAGCCCAGCCUGCAGAGGAGGCUGCGGCUGUUGAUUCUGAAUCCAACAACAUUCGUCAGCUGGAUGAUUGUUUGGAAGAUACCGCUCAUGAGCUCUGGACUAUAACUCACUCUAAGAUCUUGGAGUCUGAAGCCUUAGACACCUUGGGGGACAGCAAGGACAGCCCAUAUCUGGAGACCAUGAUGCUCCGAAUGGAGGAAAUGGAAAAAUACCAGGAGACAGUUCGCCAAAGAUAUAAUAAAAUUGUAUAUACUGAUCCUCAUCUUUGGCUGCAGGAAGAAAAAAAUGAUCAAAAAAUCCCAGCAGUAAGUGAAAGGCCUCUUUCUCCUCAUCCAAUCAGGAUCACAAAGACAGCGGCUCACAAAGCCCCAGACGUGAACAUCGUGUUGGAAAGGCCCUGGAAUGCCAACUCCCUGGAUGAAAGUGUGGGAUCAGAGGAGAAAUCGGAGAAAAAAGAGGCUCCCCUUCUCUCCCUUUCAGAAGAUUCUCAACAGAAAGAGGGUCGAGCUGCCCUCUUUGUCCCCACCAGGAUGCGGCACAGUAUUGGGGACUACUGCAGCCGCUUUGAGCAGUACCUCCGGAUGAUAUCUCAUGAGGCCGUGGGCUCCUUCAACCCAUGGCUGCUUGCUGAAAGCUUUUCAGAAGAGCUGGUAGAUGAAGCUCUGGGGGCCGUGGCUGCUGAACUUCAGGAUGUGUGUGAAGAUUGUGCAGAAGCCGUGUUCACCUCAGAAUUCUUAGAGGCUGCUGCAUAAAGGCUCUCCACAGCGAGGGCCCUCCUGCCACACUGGAGAAGGCGCGGCACCACCUUUGUUUCAGCCCGCAGGGCGUCUUGAUCCUCUGCUGUCCAUCCAGGCCCAGAAGCUGCUGCUUCUUCCUUUCUUCACUGCAGGGAAGGAAAUGCAGUAACGUCAUCCUCACUUUGCAUUUUCUCAUUGUCAUAGCAGUGGUUCUGGUAGUUUAUGAUGGAAUGUGUUAUAUUUAUCAGUGCCCAGGAAUCGUGAAUUGAUGAUGGAUAAUAUAAUAUUUUCUGAAUGUAUAAUUUUCCUAUUGAAAUAUUAUGUUCAUUCCACUGGCUCUGUUUGGUGAUGAGAAUGUUGUAAAAGGUAAUAAAUACGUAUGUUUCACACAGGA